CCUCCACAAUCCCACAAUCCUCUAGUCGUACAUUUCCUGUUUUUCUAGCUCUGCCGUAAGUGGUGUUUGUAUCAGUACGCGACAGUGUCCAGUGGCCUCUGGUGCGGAGGAUUUUCUGUUCGUUGACGUUGUACCUGUUCACAGUUUGGAAUCAGUCAAGUUUUGGAGUCACCGCCGCUGCCAUCAAAAUGUCGGUCCCAAGCGCACUCAUGAAACAACCGCCUAUUCAGUCUACGGCUGGGGCCGUCCCGGUUCGCAAUGAGAAAGGUGAGAUUUCGAUGGAAAAAGUGAAGGUAAAACGUUAUGUGUCGGGAAAGAGGCCAGACUAUGCCCCUAUGGAGUCCUCAGAUGAGGAGGAUGAAGAAUUUCAGUUCAUUAAGAAAGCCAAAGAACAAGAAGCAGAGCCUGAGGAACAAGAGGAGGAUUCAUCUAGUGACCCUCGGCUGCGGCGUUUGCAGAACCGUAUUAGUGAAGAUGUGGAAGAGAGAUUGGCUCGACAUCGGAAAAUAGUGGAACCUGAAGUGGUGGGAGAAAGUGACUCAGAAGUAGAAGGAGAUGCUUGGCGCAUGGAACGAGAAGAUACCAGUGAAGAAGAAGAAGAAGAGAUUGAUGAUGAGGAAAUAGAGCGACGCCGUGGCAUGAUGCGUCAACGAGCACAGGAGAGAAAAAACGAAGAGAUGGAAGUCAUGGAGGUGGAAGAUGAGGGGCGUUCUGGGGAGGAGUCAGAAUCAGAGUCUGAGUAUGAAGAGUACACAGACAGUGAAGAUGAGAUGGAGCCUCGCCUUAAGCCAGUCUUCAUUCGGAAGAAGGACCGAGUAACAGUUCAAGAACGGGAGGCCGAAGCAUUGAAACAGAAGGAGCUGGAGCAGGAGGCCAAACGCAUGGCUGAGGAGAGACGCAAAUAUACACUCAAGAUUGUAGAAGAAGAGACCAAGAAAGAGCUGGAGGAGAACAAGCGGUCCCUGGCUGCACUAGAUGCACUCAAUACUGAUGAUGAAAAUGAUGAGGAGGAAUAUGAAGCAUGGAAAGUUCGGGAGCUAAAGAGAAUCAAGAGGGACAGAGAAGAUAGAGAAGCGCUUGAGAAGGAGAAAGCAGAAAUUGAACGCAUGCGAAACCUGACUGAGGAAGAGAGGCGAGCUGAGCUUCGGGCAAAUGGCAAAGUCAUUACCAACAAAGCUGUUAAGGGCAAAUAUAAGUUCUUACAGAAGUAUUAUCACCGGGGUGCCUUCUUCAUGGAUGAGGAUGAAGAAGUAUACAAGAGAGAUUUCAGUGCACCUACCCUGGAGGAUCAUUUCAACAAAACCAUUCUUCCCAAAGUCAUGCAGGUCAAGAACUUUGGACGCUCUGGCCGUACCAAAUAUACCCACCUCGUGGAUCAAGAUACCACCUCCUUUGACUCAGCAUGGGGCCAAGAGAGUGCCCAGAACACAAAGUUCUUUAAACAAAAAGCAGCUGGGGUACGAGAUGUAUUUGAACGGCCGUCUGCCAAGAAGCGGAAAACUACUUAGAGUUCAACUGCUUAUUUUUCCAGCUGUGGGACACAACAGGAAAUCUCAGCAUCUGGUCUUUGAUUUGCUUUUACUAUUAUUUACAUGGCCCCUGUAUCCAGCCUGCUGGACUUACUGCCAUACUUGUGAUGCUGGGCAAGCCCAGUCUUUGAAAGUGCUUUGUGAGGUUUGGACUCACUCGUGCUGAGAAACCUGCAGAAAAGCACUGUCCAGGUAGGAUAAGAGACUCCCCACCUAGGACUAUUUCUGAGAAAUCUUUGAUUUCUACACUGCUCCAUAAUCAUUUGGAACUGUUCCAGGGUUUCUUUUUCCAGCCCUUAGCUUGGGUUAGAAACAUGGGUGUUCAUGUUAAGUGACAGAAAAUACAUCACUUCCUUACGGGAAACCUAAGCUCAUUGGAAUCUGUUUUGCAUUUCUGGGAUAAACUUUUUUAGGCAAACAGA